UUUUACUCUUGGUUUGUGUGUUUGUUGUUGUCUUGUCUUGUGUUUGUUGUGUGUGUGGUAUUUAUGUUCUGCAGAGCAGGAACUUGCUGAAAACCAGUUUUAUACUGAGUUAGGCCCGAUUGUUUUUAAUCCUUUCCUGCUUAAAUAAAUAAAUAAAUAAAUAAACCAUAGGACUAUAUGAGGUAAAAUUAGCCCAGCUUUUAUUCAAUAUGAGCUGACAUUGGGUUAAAGUGUGCAACCCAACUUGCUGGGUUACUUUAAUUUAGCAAUUUAAGUAACUAAAUUACUAAAUUACUACUGCUAGAGCCAGCAAGUAUUAAAUGCUAAAACAGCUUGCCAUAUGCCUACUGCCUACGUAUUUCCGCUAAAUUUUCAGUGUCUACACGAGCUUCCGGUAAAGUAUUCAUUGAUAGCAAACUGUGGUAGUAGUAGUAGUAGUAAACUUUUUCUGACAUAUUUCAGUUAACUCUCGAUCACAAACAAAUUUAUAUCAUUACAUUAUACAUAUAUUGCUAACACAUAAUUUUAGUAUAUUAUUUUAAAAUAUAACGUUUUAGUAAUGAGUUCAAAAAGCUUUAAAUACCUUCGGCGUGAAGGUGCGUCGUCUCGAUAUUGUUGUGUCCCGUUCUGUAAAAUGUCCUCAAGAUUUAAUUCUGUGAUAAGUUUCCAUAGUUUCCCAUUGGACGAAGAAACACGGGAAAAGUGGCUUCGCAAUAUCCGGCGUGAGAAUUUUAAAGUUAGUCCUAAUACAAGAGUCUGCAGUCGUCACUUCAAGAGUGAUGAUUUGAUUGAACCAUCGACUCCUACAGCACGCAGACUACUGAAGAAGGGCGCUGUGCCCACGUUGUUCCAAUGGAACAGCUGUUCCACCCCAGCACCAAAACGCACCGGGUUAUGGAAGAAAAAAAAGGUUCCCACUCAUUUAAAAGAUCUUGUGCCUACGGACCCGCAUCAGGAUCAUGAUUAUUGCUCCUCUCCAACCCAGGCUGAUCUGGAUUUGGAUCAGACCGAAGAUCUCCAAAAGGAGGUGGAGUUCCUGAGGAGACAGGUGGCAGAGUUGUCUGUACUUCAGAGAUUUUGUUUGGGGAGAUUUGCUGCAUCUGACGAUGACAUAAUGUUUUACACGAGGUUUGCGACUUACAACCACUUGAUGGCGUUCUGGAGACUGAUUGAGCCUGCAUCCCACAACAUGGUUCGUUUGACCAGAGCAAGGCAAGCUAAAACAAAGAAUGAAGAUGGAGCAUCAGGCAGUGCAUCUUAUCAGUCCCUGCAGCCCAUAGAUGAGUUUUUUCUUUUCAUGGUCCAUCUCUCGGUUGGUCUAAAAGAGAGGGAUCUGGGCCACAGAUUCAACAUCCAUCAGUCCAACGUGAGUCAAAUAAUUACAACAUGGGCCAAUUUCCUGUACACCAUUCUUGGAUCUGUGCGCAUCUGGAUGUCUGUGGAGGCGGUCAAGGCUCAAAUGCCAAAGGAAUUCCAGGACUACCCAGACACACAAGUAGUGAUUGACUGCACCGAGCUGCGUUGUCAAACACCAUCCUCUCUCAUGCGUGAAGGUGAAGGGUCCCAUUGCACCUUAAAGGGGUUAAUUGGCAUGGCACCUCAUGGUACAGUCACUUUUGUGUCAUCCUUGUGUGGAGGAUCUGUCAGUGACAAGGAACUUCUGAAGCAGUCUGGGAUUGUGUCGCUACUGAAACCUGGAAUGGCCAUUAUGGUCAACAAAGGUUUUCUUGUAGAUGACUGUGUACCAUGCAAAGUUUACAGACCUGCUUACCUGAUAAAGCAGGAAGAGUUUCCAGCUAAUGAGGUGAAGGAGACUCAAUCCAUUGCUCAGCUGAGGGUUUACAUUGAGCGCCUCAUCUGCAGAGUGAAGCAACACAAGCUGUUUGAUACAGUCAUCCCUCACUCCAUCACCAGGACCAUCAACCAGCUAUACACUGUCGCUUGCCUCCUUAUAAACUACCAGAAUGGCCCUUUGUUACAAGCAUGGGCAAAGGAUUAAAGUUGUUGUUGAGGGAUAUAUCAAAGGACUAAUGUAACUAUAUGAAUAACUCGGAUACAAUGUUCCUGUACACAUGUAAAUAUAAAUCAUUUUCAUAGUAUUUCUGUAAACAUGCAAAUAACUGCAGUUGCAUACAGAAAAAAUAUAAUGUAAUCAUGUAAAUAGGUGCAGGAAAAGCUUAUAAAGUUAUUUAUGUUUACAUGAACACUGUAUCAAUGCAGAUCAAUGUAAACAUGUAAAUAUAAAUGACUUUGAUGGUGUUUCUGUAAACAUACAAAUAACUUAAAUGUCUUUCCUGUACAUCACUGUAAUGGAAAUAUGUAAAUAUAAAUAAAUUUAUAAAACUUUUAAUAUACACCACUGUAAUAUAAACAUGUAACACUUAAAAGGAUAGUUCACCCCCCAAAAAAGAGAAAAUUCUGUCAUCAUUUACUCAUUCUCGAGUUGUUCUCAAACCUGUAUGAAUUUCUGUCUAACACAAAAGAAGAGAUUUUUGAAGAAGACCCGUCAACUUUUUGGUAACCCAUAUUCUACAAAAUAUCUUCUUUUGUGUUCAACAGAAGACAGAAAUUCAUACAUACUUAAGAGAAUUUUCAUUUUUGGGUGAACUCUCCCUUUAACUUUGGUGCAUUGUUUAUGUAAGCACGCAAAUAUAAAUGACUGUUUCUAUAACCAUAAAUAACUUUAUAAAGCUUCUCUUGUACACCACUUUAAUGUAAAGUUACUGUAAUAUUAAGGCCCAACUGAUUGCCCGGCCUCUGCUCUGGUCUAUUAUUUACCUGGCCAGAUCAUGUGAUGAUUUAUUUGGCUACCUUGGAGACGAUGAGUCUCAGUUUCUGUUGCGGCCCCCUAUCUAUUAUUUAGCUUUAAGCAGGUGCGUCUCCUACGGCACAGGGGAAAAAGUAAUUUCCUGAGUGUGACAAACAGGUAAUUAUUGAUGAUGAUACCUGAUGCUAAAGCUCUCCUUGUCCCAUAGUCCUUCUGGACAAGACAUUUAAAGCUUGUAAACCAUUUUGCAGGUUCAUAUUGAAACUUUUUUUUUUUUAAAUAAAUACUAAAAACAUUUAAUUUUAAUGUAGGACUUUCAAUUUCCAUGAAUACAAGAUGG